AAGUAGAAGUCUGUCCAAGGCGGCCCUCUUGUCAGCGGAGCCGGGAGGUGAAUGCGGGAAGAUCCCAGCCCUGUACACAUGGGGCAGGGCCAGCCAAGAGGCUAGGAGAGGCCAGAGCGUUGUUCGGCGCAGCCCACUCGAGGAUGUCUCCCAGCCUGCAGGAAGGGGCUCGGCACGGGGAAAGCAAACCCUCCCCCUGCUCCUUUUCAAUUGAGAGCAUUUUAGGAUUGGACCAGAAGAAAGACUGUGUUCCAUCAAUGAAACCCCACAGACCCUGGGCAGACACCUGCGGCUCCUCAGGGAAAGAUAUUAACCUAUGUGUACAUAUCCCGAGCCUUCCUAAUGGGAUCUCAUUCCCUUGUACUGUGGAUCGCCCAGUGCCAGAAGAAAGAUUUUUGAAAUAUGAAAAUUACUUUUCACCCUCAGAAAGACUGUCUUUGAAAAGAGAACUGAGUUGGUAUAGAGGACGAAGACCAAGAACUGCUUUUACUCAAAACCAGAUCGAAGUGUUGGAAAAUGUUUUUAGAGUAAACUGUUAUCCUGGCAUUGAUAUCAGAGAAGACUUAGCUCGAAAACUGAAUCUAGAGGAAGACAGAAUCCAGAUCUGGUUCCAAAAUCGGCGUGCAAAGCUCAAACGGUCCCAUAGAGAAUCACAGUUCCUAAUGGCGAAAAAAAAUUUCAACACGAAUCUCCUGGAGUAGAUAGAAAACUAAACAUGUGAGAUUAUCUUACAUUGCAGAACAUGAGGAAUCGAUGGAGAUAUUAAGUGUUAAACAUGUGAUUUUCCUGCAUUUAAUCUGAGUGCUGUCAUUUUUCUUCCAAAAAUAUAUUGUAAAUAUUUACUAUUAUAACAUGGUACCUAUUACACACGGGCACUUUUAGUUACAAUAAAGGUCUUUCCUAUACAUUUUAGUAAACAUUUUCAGAAAAAGCCAGCUAUUUUUUAAGUGAGCAAAUUUAAUCUAAGAAACUAGUUUGCUAAAAUCAGCAAGCUCAUGACUAGGUGACUACAUGAGCUGGAUUCCAUCUACGGAAUAAUUUAAGUAAAAUAUUCUGAAGACUGGCACAAAGAUAUGAUCUGUUUCAAUUAGUUUUCUUCGAGUGCAUUUUGAAACAUGAUUAUUAGCUUCGCUUAAUUUCUGAUAUAAAGCAGUGAAAAUUUCUCACCAUGUAUCAACACAAAUCCUAGCAUGCUAGUUUCAAGCUAUUUUUUUUAAGCAAAAUCAUUAUGCCAAAGUAGAGAUAGAAAGACAUCAGUUGUCAUAUUCAUACCCUU